UGUCUUAAUUCAGCAUCAAAGGACAAAGACAAGCACUUGUAUAAUUCUCCUUCGGUGUUAACUAGCACAAUUAAUUUCAUUGUAUUCUUCAUCACCUAUUUUUCUAUUAACUCUUGCCUUUGUUUUCUAUAGCUUUUAAUUUUCCAUCACUUAGAAUUUUGUCUCAAGUUAACAAAUUUCAGCCACAAAAAUUUUCAUAUCAUAUUUCAUAUUCUCUAUUUUUCAAAACCUUAGAUACAAUGAUCAAAUUUGCAACAAGAAAAUUCAUGACCAUAUCUAUAAUUAUUCUUCUUCAACAAAACUUAGUAUGUUCAAAAUGUAGUUGUGAAAAUGAACUACAAGAUUCUAAUCAUAAAGUAUUUGAGACAUUAAAAUACAAAUUAAUUGCUAUGGCAUCAAUUUUUGUAGCUAGCCUAAUAGGUGUGUGUAUACCAAUCUUAGCAAAAAAUUGUUCAUAUUUAAAUCCAGAAAAUGAUUUUUAUUUCUUAAUUAAAGCAUUUGCAGCUGGUGUGAUCCUAGCAACAGGGUUCAUUCACAUACUUCCUAAUGCUUUUGAGACAUUAACAAAUCCAUGUAUAGGUGAAAAGCCAUGGAAAAUGUUUCCCUUUUCAGGUUUUGUUACAAUGGUUGCAGCCAUUGGAACAUUAAUUAUGGAAGCUUUGAUUAUGGGGUACCAAAAAAGGUCUGAACUGAAAAAAUCUCAGACGUUGAAUGAGGAUCGUGAGACUCGUGAAGCUAAUGAUAGUAGUCAUGUUCAUAACUUUGUAGUUACUUCUAGUAAAUUAGAUUCAACUGAUCGUCUCCGAUAUGUCAUAGUUUCUCAGAUUUUGGAGCUAGGUAUUGUGUUACAUUCAAUCAUUUUAGGGAUAUCUCUUGGGGUGUCAAAAAGUUCUAAAACAAUCAAACCCUUGGUGGCAGUAUUAACUUUUCAUCAAUGCUUUGAAGGAAUAGGACUUGGUGGGUGCAUCACUCAGGCACAAUUCAAAUACUAUAAGGUUGCAAUUAUGGUACUCUUCUUUUGCCUCAUUUUCCCAAUUGGAAUUUGCAUUGGUAUAGGAAUAUCAAACACUUACAAUGAAAGUAGUUCAAAGUCACUAAUAGUAGAAGGGAUUCUACUUUCAGCAUCUGCAGGAGUUCUAAUUAACAUGGCACUUGUUGAUCUUGUUGCCACUGAUUUCAUGAGCACAAAAAUGUUAAGGAGUUUUAGGCUACAAGUUGGGUCAAGUUUAGCACUUUUUGUUGGAAUGAUUUGUAUGUCAAUUUUAGCAUUGGGGGAAGACUCCUAGCAAAUGAUUAGUUGUAACAUGUCUAAACCUUAUAUGACUUAUAUGAUUUUAAUGACACUUUUUUCAUGAUUAGUUAUAA